AAUAGCAGUCAGUUUCUGUUCAAGCUUCGCCCCAAUUGGACGUUUUCGAAAGGACUUGAUGCGUUGGAUGGGUAGCAAACGCGCGCGUUUAAAAAAAAUUAAUAAAUAAAAGCUUUAGAAAACAAGAAUUAAAACAAAAAAGAAAUUCUAAAAUUUAAGAAAAGUGAAAAUCAUUACUCUCUGCUUAUGUGUGUGUCUGUGUGCGCUUGUGCUGCAAGCAUUUCUUUUAGCGCUCACUAUUUCAAUGGUUUGCAGUCCUCAACUUCUUCCUACACCACGCGUUUGCUCCUUAAAAAGUCGUCUUGUUUGUCUGGUCAUAAAUAUUCCUUAGUCCCUGCAAAUAUACCACAGACUCUUCACAGUGUUCCCUUUUGUGCUGUUCAGCUUUAACGGCAGUGAUUGCAGUGCCAUUGACAAAAUAAUAAAAACAAAAUAAAAGAAAUCUGAUAUUCGGCUGGCUCUGCUCACAGCUGCAUUGCAACCGCAAAGAGUGUGGCAGUUGCUGCUGCAGAAGCGAGCGCCUGCUUUGCAUUGGCUCCAUUGAAUUUUAGUAGUAGUAGCUACUAGAACAGCAGCCAAGAAAACCGCAAUAACGCAGCGCCGCCUGCAAAAAGUAAAAUAAAAGUGCAAAAAUAUCACAACCACAACGACAACCAACCGACCAACCAGCCAGCCAAUAUUACCAACGUAAAAAAUAUAACAAAUAUUCUAACGCGCAGUGAAUAGGAUGAAUGCCAAGAAUAGGAAAACAAAAACCAAAUAACCACCAGUGACAAAAAAGAAAGUAAUGAGAAAAAAAAAACACAACUUAGAAGAAACUAACGAAUAAACAAAAAUUUCUUUAGGUUGUCUGUCGCCGUACUGCAUUCGCAUUGUUGGCAUCUAAUUUAUAGAAAUUGAAUAAUUUAUUGCGCGCAGGUAAUUGCGGGGGUGGCGAAAUUCACAAAGCCAACACACAAAUCACAGAAGCGCAAUAACGAAAGUCACAGCAACGAGAUCCAUACGCCCUGUCGCACCACUCAGCGCCAUUUGCAGAGCGACGCUGAGGCGCACAUAAAUAUUUCGACAGUGUCAUCAUUAAAUUCCACGCAUAACAAAUUCUUGUGAGCUUUAAUGAGAUGUAGUGUAUUUAAAUUGACAUUUGUACAGCUAUAAAAAUUAUAUGCACCCACACAUACGAGAGCGGAAUAAUUGUAGAAUAUAACUAGGAAAAAAAAACGUGCCAGUUGUACUUUAAAGUGAAAUUAAAAGAAAAUUAAUUUAAAAGAAAAAAAAUUCAAUUGAAAAAAAUUUAAUAAAAUGAAAACAAUUAAAUUAAAAGAAAAAAAAAUUAAUUAAACGAAAAAAAAUUUUAUUAGAAAAAAUCUUGUGCUAAUUCGCCCCUCACUGUGAUAUAACUUAGAAAGGAAAAGUAAAAAAAAAACAAAAACAACAAAUAUAUAAUACAUAUAAACUACUUUUCGUACCUUAAUGUGCUAACAAAUCUACUCAUUGUACAUGAAAUUCAUACAUAAAUUGAAUUGAAAGCCAACGUCGUAACAACCAUCCAAGUUUUAAGCGCAAUUUAUAGUUGAUUAUCAUCCACAACCACAACCACUCACACAACAUAAGCACAUUGUUCAGCGCCAAGUGACAAUAGCAACAACAAUAGAAGAAAAACUAAUCGAGAAAGAAACGCAUUUGCAUAUUAAAAGCUUUCAGUGAAGGAUUUUCAAGUGGCGCCCCCAGCUAUCAACCCCCAGCAUCGCCAGAGAAAACUCGAUACUUGUUGCAGGAAAAUAUCGCGCGCGAUGGAGUCGCUACAGAAGUCAUUUUUCACGCUGCUCUUCACUCUAUGCCUUACAUUAAGUGCUGCUCUCGAAGAGGACUGCAUCGAUUUCCAAGGCAAUUCAGUAAAUCAUGGCAUGCUGUACGUACCGGGGCCGGGAGUUUGCAGUCUAUGUGUCUGCUAUCAUUCGGAGCCGCUGUGGUGCAAGGCCAUCUACUGUGAUCCACCCUAUUUCUGCAAAAAUUUCCGUGUAGGCGAGCGUUGUUGUGAAUUCGAAUGCUUGGAUCCGCCUGGCGAGGAUAAUAAGUAUCAAGAGCGCAUGCGAAAACGCGCCGAAAUAUUGGCUGGCAAUAGCACAGCAUCGCUGCACAUCACCCCGCUGGCCGUGUCCACUAUAGUGUUUACGGUGCUAACGAACAGCAUUUUCAAUUUAUAACUUCAAGCGAAUGGCGAAUAUGCAGAUUGCGGAUGGUGGUGAAGCGGAUGGAAGUGAAGCGGUUGAAAGUAAAAAACAAACAAAAAAAAGAAAUAUUAAAACCUAAAGUAGCAAAUGGAAAGCGCCUUAUUGGGGGAGUAGUGGAAAUGUGUGAUGGUCGGAGGUGUAGUAAGACAUUUUUGCCAGUUGCGUGUUAAAUACGAUUAACUGUAAAAUCGUAUAGAUUAUAUGCAUAUGAAUUUAGCACAUUUUUUAUAUACUUCAAAUAACAACAAAUUAGUGCGAAAGCAAAAACAAUCUUAGCAAAAGUAAAAAAUCAAAGAAUCAAAAAAUUUAAAAAUUUAAAAACUAAAUAAAUGCAAUAAAAAAAUUAAAUAUAAUUAAUUACAUAUAAAAAAGAAAAGCAAGCGAACUUUCAAGGUAUUUAUCUAGGCAAAUCAGUGAAAAAAACAUAUG